AUGCCUACAGCCCCGGGAGGGUUCAACCGAGUACUUGUGGUGAUCGACAAGUUUACCAAGUGGAUCGAGGUGAAGCUAGUGACCUGCUCCAAGGCAGACAGAGUACUCAACUUUGUUGACAAGAUUGUCCAUCGCUACGGCUUUCCCAAUCGCAUCAUCAUAGACUUGGGUUUCAAUUUCAACAACCACGAGUUCUGGGAGUACUGUGAGAAUAGUGGGAUCGACAUCCGAUACAUCUUUGUCGCUCAUCCGCGGGCUAACAGCCAGUUUGAGUGCGCCAACGGGAUGUUACUGGAGGCCUUGAAGAAACGACUACAUGACAUUGGAAACUCCAAAGGUGGCAUGUUGGUCAAGGAGCUACCCAAUGUCCUCUAG